UUUCACACCUGACCACGUUUUCUAAAGUAAUCGAAAAUUUUUGGGAAUUUACAUUUUUAAGUUUAACAUCAAGGUAUGGAGAAUUACUUCACUUAAAAUAAGGGAGGAUGCCUUUCAAGUGCUCUGUACCGGGCUGCCAGUCCAAUUAUUAUCCUCCUUAUGUCACCUGUUUUCGUUUCCCUCAAAAUUUGGGAAAGAGAAAGCUGUGGAUUAAACAAAUCCAAAGAGAAAAUUUUACCUUCUCUAAAAGUGCAAGAGUUUGCAUAAAACAUUUUGCGGAACAAAUGGUUGUCUGGGAAGAUGACUGGACUGACAAGUACGGUAUCACUCAUAAAAUCAAACGAAUGAACCCUACUCUUACCGUGGAUGCUUUUCCGUGUUUUAUUGAAAAAUGCACACCUCAUCGGAAAAAAAGAAGUCCAAACAAAAACGAAAAAACAAGAGACUCGAAAGAAGAACUUAUUCAAGAAUGCCUAGCAAAUGGCAUCGUAAUGGAUGAUAAUGAAACUGAAAGGGAAAAAUUGUGUGACCUUUCCCAAGUCAACAUGUAUGCAAAAGACUGUUUACAUAACUAUCCGAAUUGGUCUUAUAUCGUACACGAUGAGCAACUUACAGCUGUAAAACUUUCUGUAUUGGAUAUUCCAUGUGUUGAAAUCUCUUUUCGAAUAAGUUCCGAUUUAUCUUUUGAAAUAUACUCUUGUAAAGACAGAUUAAAUGUAAAUAAUUUGGGCUUAACAUUUAAAAAAUUGGAAUCCAAAGAUCAAUUUGAUGUAUUAUUGAAAGUGUGUAAUGAUUACAAUUUUAAGGAAAACCAUACAGAUAAAUUUUCUAAUGUUCAGAGGCGGCAAUUGGGACUGAAAAGUGGGGGAGCAAAAAAAAUCAUACUAAAGUUUGCAUUUUUAUCGGCAGCAAAAAAGAAAAAGGCGGAAGAAAAAAUCGCGAAAAGAGAAGUCCGAACAAAAAAAGAACAACGAGAGACUCGAAAGAAGAACUUAUUCAAGAAUGCAUAAGAAAUAGCAUCGUAAGGGAGAAUAAUGAAACUGAGAGGGAAAAAUUGUGUGACCUUUCCCAAGUCAACAUGUAUGCAAUAGACUGUUUACAUAACUAUCCGAAUCAAACUUAUAUCGUACACGAUGAGUAUCUUACAGCUGUAAAACUUUCUGUAUUGGAUAUUCCAUGUGUUAAAAUCUCUUUUCGGAUAAGUUCCGAUUUAUCUUUUGAAAUAUAUUCUUGUAAAGACAGAUUAAAUGUAAAUAAAUUGGGCUUUACAUUUCAAAAAUUAGAACACAAAGCUCAAUUUAAUGUAUUAUUAAAAGUGUGUAAUAAUUACAAUUUAAAGAAAAACCAUACAGAUAAAUUUUCUAAUGUUCAGAGGCGGCGAUUGGGACUGAAAAGUGGGGAGAGGGGGCAAAAAAUCAUACUAAAAUUUGCAUUUUUACCGGUAGCAAA